AUGAUGCAUUCUGUAAGGGGUGGCUUGGUGCAAACUUUUGCGCUUGCCAAGCAUAAUGAAUCUGAAGGGAGAAAGACUCGAAUUCGGCGCUCUAAAGAGGAAAGGAAGGCAAUGGUGGAAUCCUUUAUAAAGAAGUACCAACAUUCGAACAAUGGAAACUUCCCAUCACUUAAUCUUACACAUAAAGAAGUUGGUGGCUCUUUCUACACAGUACGGGAGAUUGUACGUGAUAUAAUUCAAGAAAAUAGAGUGCUGGGUCCUGCUAAGUUCACCUUAGAAGAGCUAAACGCUGAUCAAUUUUUUGAACAAAAUCCACUGGGUUCAAUGGCUAGAAAUCCUGAAUCUUUCUUGGCUUCAAUUGAAAAUCAUUGUGAACCUGACAAGCCUCAGGAUACAAAUAAAAAAAUGAUUUCUGUUUCUGAUGUGUCUUAUACUGAAGUUCUGCACCAGGUGGUUGACAAAGAGCACGUCAUAAGUGUUGGGCAGAUAGAUGUGACAAACAAGGAACCUAUUGAAGAGGCUGUUGUUGCUGAUGGGCCUGACAAAGUGCAUACCAUGAAUAUUAGCCACUUAAAUGUUCCGAACAAUGAAACUGUUGAAACUGCUGUGAUUUCUGAUGGAUGUUGUACUGGAACUAAGCACAAAAUUAUUGACGUCGGGCAUGUCUUAAAUGGUAGCCAGGUGAAUAUAGCGAACAAGGAAUUAAAUGAAACUGCUGCUACUGGGAAGCAUGCAAUUGAUCCUUCUGCACUCAAACAGAAAGUUGAACCAGAGUUGUUAGCUGCUACAACACCAAUGGCUAAAGUAAAUGCUGCGACAGAAGACUUUAUAGUAGAGACAUUUCCACAAAGCUCUGUUUCCAUGACUACUGAUGGAAUAAGAAGUUCUGGAGGGUUGACGGACUCAAGUAAUUCACCAGAAAAUGAUAUGAAAAUGAUGGAAUUAAGACAAGGCGAGGAGAAGUCUGAAUUAAAUGGUUUAGAGCCCUCAAAGAAUUUGGACUUAUUGGACGAGAAAUUUGAGGAUGUCACUGGAAAUCAAAGAUUAAAGAACACCUCUAACACUGGACUUGGUAAGGAGGAUAAUAUACGAGAUAUAUUAGAAGAAAGCUCCAAUCAUUCUAUCGUCAAAGAUCAUUAUGAAUUUAAAGAUCGCACUGAUUCUCAAGUUGCAGUAUUUCAUAAAAAUACCAUAACCAUCGACCAGAGCCAGAAAACAGAUGGAGAUAAGACAAGCACUCAAACCAAUAACGUCAGCCAGACUUGUAAGCCAUCAGAGGAAGAUGGUGGCCUGCUAAACGCCGAUAAACUAAAGGUUGAUGGUCAACUUGGUGGCAACUCUCAGAGAAGCGGCACAACUGUGGAUAGGAUAUAUCUAGAAUCCUGGGACGGAGCAGCAAAGAAUUCAGCAAAUCGAGAACCCAACCCUCUUUUAGCUGCUUUGAAAGUUUUAGUUGAUGCUUUUGUAAAAUUUUGGUCGGGAUGA